CGCAGCGCAAACAUCAGCGCAUUGCAUCAACGCAAACGCGAGACGAGCAGGUGCAUGGCGGCACGUGCGCGCACGAUACAGCUCACACGAGUGUAGUGCUCGCUGCCCGAGCUAGCCGGACCGGCGCAUCCCCACUGCUGCCACCUAGACCACACAACCAUACCAUCAGGCCGGCAAGCCGCCAGCCAGACGAGUGGACUCCGCGGUGCCCGCGGCGGCCGGGAUCGAACGAAACGUGAGCAGCGCACCGCAUAGAGUGACAAAGCAGUGUCUUCAUAAAUCAAAUGUCGCGGCGCAUCUCCAUCACUGGUUGGUUGAUUCGCGCACAGGUGAGACAAAGAUGGUCUCCUGGGCCGCCAAGAAGGCGAAAGAGCACGCCGACAAGAAGAAUAAAGAGCACGAGGAGAAAGCAAGAAACCAUCUGCAGGGCACGUACUACAGCAACGCCGAGAAGGAGGAUGUUCAUAGAGAGGAAAAGAUUAUCAUCACGGAAGAACGCACGAAGCAUCUGAACGACCUCAAGCAGCAGAUUUUGGAAAGGAACUCGAAACUGUCCGAGAUCGAGCGGCGCGCUUUUGCGGAGGCUCAUACGCCCAAAAAAAAGAACUUCAUGGACGUAGAAAAGAAGUCGCUGGAGUUCUGGGCGUCCACCGACCCCCACUUCAUGGCCCGGCAAGAAGAAUUACAAAGACUGGAGCAAGAAGUGAAGGCGGAGCAGGAGGAGAUAAUCGAACGACAUCAUCUCCGCGAGAAGUCGCUGACGGAAUUGCGGGACGAAGGGGACGUCGACAAGGUCGGCGCGAAGUGGCUGAAAGAGCAAGAGCGUAAGCGGGAGGAGGCGCUGCGACUCGCAAGGGAGGAGUCGAUCCGGAACGGGACCUACACGCCGCCUCCCGUCGAUGUCGAGUUCUGUUCCCAGCAAAAGGCCCAGGCCAUGCUCGAGGAGGCGCGUCGGCGACUCGAAGCGCAGGAGGGCUCUCAUCAAAAAAAAGAUAAGGUCGGUGCCGCCGCAGCGUUAAUAGCCGAGCUCGAAUGUCUACCGGACGACGAUCCCACUAAACAGGAACAACUCGCCAAGGCUCGGAAGAAGUACGACAAGGCCCUCAAGAAGCAGUCGUCCAAGGUCCAUAUUGAUGAUGAAGCUGAUAAGGCGAAGGCGAUGGAGCAGGUCGAGAAGGCGGCAUCGGCAUUGGCCGAGGCCGAAGCUUUACCGGAUGACCAUCCCGAGAAAGAAAAUAUGUUAAAGAAAGCUCGGAAGAAGUACGCCAAAUCAUUAAGGCGGGCCGAUCUUGUGGAAGGCGACGACGGUUUGGUAUGUACGGCGGACGGCGAACCGCUACCUUCCAAAUUCCAGGUGCGGCGGGGCUUUUCCGAGCGAAAGAAGGGGUCGAGCUUCUUUUACGAUGCGAAAGCCUUGGAGGAGGCGCUUGAUUGGGACGACGGCGCUUUGUACAAGGCGCCGGCCGCGGCGCCGGCGCCGUCGCCAAUCGAGGCGGUCGCGCCGCCGACGUCGCCUCACGACGUCCGCGCGAGCCGCGCGAGCACGUGCGACAGCGACGUGAACGCCGUGAUCGCGCAACGCGUCGAGGAAAUCGUGAGGGCGUCGUCGCCGGUCGCCGCCGAGGCGCCGGCGCCCGCGCCGCCGCGGAAGCGGCGGCGGCGCAAGAAGAAGGCCCUCGCGAAGGUCGCCGCGGUCGACGCCCUGCUGGCCGAGGUCCACAGCCCGGAACGCAAGGCGCAGAUCGAGCGGGAACAACGCCGGGCCGAGGAAGAGGCGGCCGAGAAAGCGGCCGCCGAAAAGAAGGCGACACUCCAGGCGAACUCCGACUCAGCGAAAGAGAUCUACCGGAAGAAACAGGCCGAGCGCCGCGCGAAGAAGGCCGCCAAGGCCGCGGCGCCGGCACCGGCACCGGCGCCGGCGCCCGCGCCUGCGGUAGGCUCGGCGGCAGGCUCCGAAGUAGGCUCGGCCGUGGCGGCACCCGCGCCCCGGAAACAACAGAAGUCGGUGCCCGACGAGCUCGCGGUCUUUGAACCAAUGCAGCGCGAGCCCAUGGUGCCGCCGCCGGGCGCCGCGGCGGCCUUCGAGGACCACGCCUGCGAGCUCCAUGGCUGUAGCGUAGACGCGAACGGGACGUGCGCGGUGACUGGUGGCGAGGACGGCAACGCCUAUGUCUGGGACGUCUCCUACCCGACGUGCGUCCCGAAGCAAAGACUCGAAGCCCACUCCGAGGUCGUGGCCGCCGUCGCUAUUACGGAAGAUGGGCGGCAAGUGGCGACGGCGGGGCGCGACAAUAUUGUCGUGCUGUGGGUCGAGGAGGGUCGCGACUACAAGAACAUCCUGACGUUGAAGGGCCACACGAGCUGGGUCUCGUCCGUCGUCUUUUCGAGUGGGGGCCAUUACCUGGGCACCGGCUCCUACGACGAGACGGCGCGCGUGUGGUCCUGUACGUCUGGAAAGGAGCUGGCCAUGUUCCACGACGCCGAGGUGUCUAACGAUAGGGGCAAGCCCUUCGUUUAUGACGUGGCCUUCUCCUAUGAUGCCAAGAGGUUGCUGGUCGGCGGCCGCGACGGCGUGGGUCGGAUCUGGGACUGCAACAUUGAAGACACGUUCUACGUGGCGAAGCUGCUGGUCACGCUCGAAACCCACGCCAGCGCCGUGCUCUCCGUCGCGUGGUCGGCCGAUGGGAAGCGCAUCGCGACGGCGUCGAAGGAUCGGACGUGCAAGGUCUACUCGGCGAAGACGGGGCGCAUUUUAUCGGUCCUGCAGGGCCACGAGGGCCAGGUCACGUCUAUCAAAUUCUACCCGGCCGAUGGGAGACGCAUGCCCGACGGGCGGCUCGCGCCGCCCGUCUCGCUCGCGACGGCGUCGCGCGAUGCUACGAUCCGCUUCUGGCGCGUCGCGCCGGAGACGCGCGGCUUGGACCCCGAGGAAGGAAGCAAGUGGAACGCGACGUGCGGGGCCAUUCUGCGGGGCCACGUCGACCGCAUUAGUGGCAUCGCCUUCGACGCGACGGGCGCGUCGCUCGUCUCGGCGGGCUUCGACCGCAAGGCGAUCGUCUGGGACGUCCAGCAAAGCAUCAAGCUGGGCACGGCGGAGCCGCCGGAGCCGUCCCUCGACGACGCGACGGUGGACGCGCCGACGGUGGCUGGCGUGCGCGGGGAGUAAUUUGUGUUGUUUACAGUAA